UUUCUGCCCACGUGAUCGUGCGAAGUACCUGUACGGGGAGUUGUAUUGUCCGCGGCGGCGCCCGCCCGCCCGGUGCAGGACGAUACCGCGGCGGGAGGCGGGGCCGGCGCAGCUCGCGUCGCGCGCGCUGGGCGACGAGCGGCAGCGGGAGGCCGAGCUCGCGAGGGGCCGUUCCCCCCGGCGCAUCCUUCUCCCCCAAGAUGGCUGAAGGCGGGCAGUGAGCCGGCGGCGGAUGCGGAUGCCUAGCGCGGGCGCGUAGCGGGGCACCAUGUCCGCCUUCGCGCUGGAGGAGACGCUGGAGGCGGACUGGGUGGCGGUGAGGCCCCACGCCUUCCUCGAGCGAGAGAAGCACAAGUUCGCGUUCAUCGUGGCCUGGAACGAGAUCGAGGGCAAGUUCGCCGUCACCUGCCACAACCGGACGGCUCAGCGGCAGCGCAGCGGCUCGCGGGAGUUGCGCCGGGGCAGCCCCGGGGGGCCGGAGCACAGGGCCCCUGCCCAGGCUGACGCCCCCGCGGCCCGCCGGACCCCGGCCUGUGGGGCGGACUCCAGCCCGGCCAGGAGCUCCUCGUAUCCCCGCGCGGACUCGCUGCUCCGGAGCACCGAAAAGGGCGCCGCGGCCGGGGCAGAAGCGAUGCUAAAGAGCCCGCUGCGGACGAAGGCCAGUCCGGUCCGGAGGCCUCCGCGCAGCAGGGAGGCGGCGGCGCCGAGCCCAGCUGGUGCGGCCGAGGAGAUCGAGGUGCUGGAGCUGGUGAAGGAUGAGCCCGCGGGACCCGUGCAGCAAGGUGCCGAGCCGGCCGCAGACGCGGACUCCUCGGGGGAGGAGUGCAGCUGGGCCGGCCUCUUCUCCUUCCAGGACUUGCGGGCCGUGCAUCAGCAGCUGUGCUCGGUGAACUCGGAGCUAGAGCCCUGCCUGCCCGUCUUCCCCGAGGAGCCCUCGGGCAUGUGGACGGUGUUGUUCGGGGCCCCGCAGCUGUCCGAGCAGGAGAUGGACGCGCUGUGUUACCAGUUACAGGUUUACCUUGGCCAUAGCUUGGACACUUGCGGGUGGAAGAUCCUUUCCCAGGUGCUCUUCACCGAGACCGACGACCCCGAAGAGUACUACGAGAGCCUGAGUGAACUGCGGCAGAAGGGCUACGAAGAGGUGCUGCAGCGGGCUCGCAAACGCAUCCAGGAGCUGUUGGAAAAACAUAAGAAUACAGAAAGUAUGGUAGAGCUGCUUGAACUGUAUCAAAUGGAAGAUGAAGCCUACAGUAGUCUUGCAGAAGCCACCACAGAACUGUACCAAUACCUACUACAGCCAUUCCGAGAUAUGAGGGAACUUGCAAUGCUCAGAAGACAGCAGAUCAAGAUCUCCAUAGAGAAUGAUUACCUAGGCCCCAGGAGGAUUGAGAGCCUACAAAAAGAAGAUGCGGAUUGGCAGCGGAAAGCCCACAUGGCUGUCCUUUCUAUUCAGGAUCUUACUGUUAAGUACUUCGAAAUAACAGCCAAAGCACAGAAAGCUGUGUAUGAUCGAAUGCGAGCAGAUCAGAAAAGGUUUGGUAAGGCAGCAUGGGCAGCAGCAGUAGAACGUAUGGAAAAGUUGCAGUAUGCAGUUUCUAAGGAGACUCUGCAGCUGAUGAGAGCUAAAGAAAUCUGUUUGGAGCAGAAGAAACAUGCACUGAAAGAAGAGAUGCAGAGUUUGCAAGGUGGUACAGAAGCCAUAGCCCAUUUGGACCAGUUGGAAGCUGAUUAUUAUGAUCUACAGCUUCAGUUGUAUGAAGUGCAGUUUGAGAUUUUGAAGUAUGAAGAGCUGCUGCUGACAGCACAACUUGAAAGCAUCAAAAGACUAGUGUCAGAGAAGAGAGAUGAAGUGGUAUAUUACGAUACUUAUGAAAGUAUGGAAGCCAUGCUUGAAAAAGAAGAUAUGGCAACAUCUAUACACUUACAAAGAGAGGAGCUGCAGAAGUUGCAACAGAAAAUCCGCCAGCUGGAAGCAAGGCGUGGACGCAUUUCAGCCAAGAAAGCUUACCUCAGAAAUAAAAAGGAGAUCUGUAUCGCAAAGCAUAAUGAAAAGUUCCAGCAGCGCCAUCAGAGUGAAGAAAAAUACAGAAUGCAUCAUACUGUGCAGCUAAAGCAAGAUCAGCUGCAAGAUGAAGAGGAAAGAAAGAGCUCCUGGGUUAGUCAGGAGCGACAGAAAACACUGGACAGACUUCGCACGUUUAAACAGCGAUAUCCUGGGCAAGUAAUACUUAAAUCAACCAGACUGCGACUGGCUCAUACAAGAAGUAGUAGUACACUCAGCUCAGUGCCCUGUGUAGAUCAACCUCAAUCUCUACCAGUAACCACACAGAUCCAAAAGAAAACUGAGGAGGUGGAAUCAGGAAAAGUAAUCCAGCCUUUCCAAACCCAGGAGCCCAGAAGCUUAGAACAACUUGAAGAUAGUUCGUUACCUCCCAGUGGCAUUACCUCUGAACUUUCUCAUCAUACUACUCCUCCUCUUCUUCCCAGUAAUGAGCUUCAACCAGAUACUGUUACUGUAGUUCCACUUCCGCCUCCUUUGCCGCCGCCGCCGCCGCCGCCGCCGCCACCUCUGCCUAUCAAGGAAGACUCUACUGAAUCUUUAGAGAAAAGUGACAGCCCUGUUAAACAGGAGAGUGAGGAUACAGGAGUCCCACAGUCUACAACUGUCCCAUCAGCACAUCUUUUUGAUAGCAGUCAGUUAGUCAGUGCCAAGAAGAAACUUAAGAAGACAGAUCUAGAGGGUUUACAAAGGAGGAGAGUGAGUUCCCCAAUGGAUGAGGUGCUGGCUUCCUUGAAGCGUGGUAGUUUUCACCUAAGAAAAGUUGAGCAGAGAAAUCUCCCUCCUUUCCCUGAUGAAGAUGACAGCAAUAACAUCUUGGCACAGAUAAGAAAAGGGGUGAAACUGAAGAAGGUGCAGAAAGAUGUUCUGAGAGAGUCUUUUACAAUUCUGCCUGACACUGACCCUUUAACACGCAGCAUCCAUGAAGCACUGCGAAGAAUUAAGGAGGCAUCACCUGAAUCAGAAGAUGAAGAGGAGAGUUUGACUUGCACAGACUGGGAAAAUUAACCUGUGACUAGCAGCCACUGAAGAAAGGAAAAAAACAACAACAAAAAAAUACCCCACAGCUGGAGAUCAAUCUUCCUCUUCAUUUCAGAAAAUUCAAAGCCAGCAAUUUUGACCAUCAGCUGCAUGGUAGAAAAAGGCUUCCUUUGGCAAAUGAUUGAGUAUGUGAAAAAACGUGAAACAUUGAUUUUUUUCAGAUUAUUUUUUAUUCAUUCCACAAGUGCAAGGUUGGAUAAAAAGCUAAGUUGUUUAGAUAUGCAUUUUAUAUAACUGUAAUAAGAAAAGGGUCUUCAGGAUGUUUUCUCAAUUCUUUAAGCACUUUUUACAUUUGCGUUAGCAUAUAUGGCCAGUUAAGUGAGGGAACAUUUUAAGUGGGAAGAAUGCUGCAUUGAUAAAGCUACUGGGGGAUGCAGUUAAAACAUCAGGACAGCUAUGAAACCUACUUUUCAGUGCACUGAAAAUAUCAUCUGCUUGAAAAACAAAUUUAAUAGCUGUACCACAAUAGCUAAAAUUCAGAUAGAGAUGCAACUAAGAUAUCUUUAGUUAUUCUUCUCACUGCAAAGAAGGUAUGUUAGUAUGAAAAAUAAUAACAACAAAUGACUGUACAGUCUAAGUACCAUAACAGUGGAAUACAUGUAUUUAAGAAUGUAUGUGUUUACAAUAUGGUACACUUAACAUGGCAUAUUGCAGCAACUUUUUAGAAGGUCAUAUAUAAUCUUACACCCUACAUUUUAAAAGUAGAUUUUCCAUGCUCUUUUAAACAGUAAUAUUUAGGUGAGAUGAACUGAGUUAAUAGUUAUACCAUACAUACAAAUUUGUUAUAAGAAGCAAUAUUUUGUAAUUUGAUAAUACGUAACAUUAUUUUUCUGUUAGCUUGAACUGUUCUUGUUUGAUUACUGUAAGCAACCUUCUUUACUUUCUUAUUUAAGGAGAACGCAGGACUUAAACAUAUUAACAUCAGUUACGGAAGUUAUGCUUCUCUGUUAGUUGUUAAUAUUUCCUUUAGUAGCUACAAAAAAAUCAUCAUACCUAACAGCCUGUUUGGCUGAAAACUACACUUCCUUUUAAUGCUGGCUGUAUGUGGCUCUAAAGGAGGGGAGGGUACAGUUUUCAAUACAGUGAGAACUUAAAAAGAAAUAAUCCUAAACUGCAUGACUAAUAGCUGCGGGCAGCUAGUUUUAUAAUGCCAGAGUACUUAGAGGUACAUCUUAUACAGAGUUCUAAGUAAUCUUGUACUAUGUUAAAGGCUCCAUGUAAUGUUUGUUAGUUGAGAAACACUCAAGUUAUAUGAAAGUCUUGACCAGUGUUUUAUUUUUAUUAAAAUUUUACGUACUGUUUGAGAGACACGCCACCCCUUUCCUUUUACAAAAUUAUAUUUUUGUUCAGUAUUCAUUUUAUGAAGGACAAAUGACUGUACUCAUUUUCAUUUAGAAGCAGAUUCAUGAAUUGCUACUGUUGUGUAACGGAGUGCAUAUUCCUCUUUAACUUUUAUAACAGUUCUUCUUAAAAUAGUUGUGGGAGCAAGAAUACUUAUCUUGGCAAUAGGUUAUAAAACCAAAAUGAACCUCAGAUCUUGGAACCUUUAGGCUGUUCUACAAUUAUUGUCCUGAAUAAUAAAGAUCUGUCAUGUUUUGAAAGAUAAUUUGCCACUCUAUACUUGGCAUUGAUAGGCAUUUUUCUUGAUUUUUUUGGCCUUAUUUAUAAUGUCUAGUGAAACAUUUUCAUUUUUCAGAAAUGAUUCCAGUUUUGCUCCAGGUAUCAGGUUUGGGGCAGUAUCUUUCUUGGACAGAGCAUCAGUUCUAUGAUACAUCCAUCAUUAGCUUGUCAAGGACCUGACAACCUAAGUUUCUUUCUAUGGUUUUACAUAUAACCAUUUCAAAAUUUAUCAUGUGUAAUCAUUUAGCAUAGAUCAUAAAUGUAAGUAGUUUGUGUGCCGAUGGUUUUCAGACAUCCAUAUUCCAGAUUAAUUACACUAUAAACUGGGUCCAGUUUAUGAAUUUUUAGCUGUAGCACAAAACAGAAAUAUCUGCAAAUUAGGAUGAUAUAGUGUAUGUGAAACUGAGUGCUAGACCAACAGCAAUAGUGGGACAUCAAGUAUGUCCAGUUUUUCUUGCUGCAAGAAACAAAAGUGCAGAUUGGACAGUUUGCAUAAAACACUGGCAAAACUUUUGAGUUGGGGGGGUGAAUAGUGUAAUUUGAAAAACAGGCAUAAUGUCCCUUCCCCUUACACUAAAUUUAUUAUCCACAAAUUUAUCACUAUAUAGGGAGAUGUUUAAAUAGCUCUGUACUGUGUUGUACUACAGAGUUCUCAGAUGUAUCUACAUAUGAUUUGUCAACUUUGCCUUGAAAACUUGUUCAUGAUUAAAAAUAAACCUGUCCUUGAUAGACUUAUAUUUAGUUAAAAUAUUA